AUGAAGAAGAAAAACGUCAAAAGAAAAAAUCGGCGAAUUUCCGAAAUCGAUGAAGAAGAAAAUAACGUCAAAAGAAAGGACCUGAGAAAAAAUCGGCGAAUUUCUGAUGGCGAAGAUGAGGAUAAUAACGUCAAAAGGAAGGAUCUAAGAAAAAAUCGGCGAAUUUCCGAGAAUGAAAAAAAGGAUAAUAUCGCCAAAAGAAAGAAUGUAAGAAAAUAUCAGCAAACUUCCGAUGACGAGAGUGCAGCAAAGCCCAUAAACUGGAAAAAGUCAAAAGAUCGUCGAAUGUAUUCUGAAAGUGACAACGCAGAAGAAAGUAUGGGUAAUAAAUAUUUAAGUCGACAUUCUGAUGGCCCGUUGAUUAAUACCAAAUCCGUUGGAUUCAAGCGGUAUAAAAAUUUGGACGAAAUGGACAAAGAUUUGAAAGAGGCUUUACGUCGAGAUGUUUUCUGGAAUAUUAGCAGAAUGCCCAAAGAAGGCCGAUUGAAUCCAAGCAAAACUUUCGAAUCUCAACAAGAACUCGUGACUGGGACAAUAAUCCCUACGAUUAAACAGCUCAUAGACUUAACUGUUUACCCGGUGAAUGAAAAUGUUCUUUAUCAAAUUAUAUAUAGAAGACAUCGUAGCCAGCGGGAUACAUACCGAAUCAACAAUAAAGAACUAGAGGGAAAAAAAAGGAAUCAAAAAGAAAACACAAAAAUACGCGCCAAAAAGGCUAAGAAGAACGAAAAUGAUCAACAAUCUAAAAAACAAUAA